AUGCCCUUGUCAAGAUCGUUGUCGAUGAGCUCCUUGAGCGGUCUUCCGUUAUGGGAGGAGGAACCGUUACCCAUCGAGGAUCUACUGCUAUUCGAAAUCGCGUGGGAAGUAACCAACAAAGUGGGUGGAAUAUACACCGUGCUCCAGACCAAGGCCAAGGUGACGGUAGAUGAGUGGGGGGAGAAUUACUUCAUGAUGGGGCCGUAUUACGAGCACAACUUCAAGACACAGGUGGAGCAGUGUGAGCCUCCCACUGCCGCCAUUAAAACCGCCAUUGACUCCAUCGUCAACAGCGGGUGUCAGGUGCGUUUCGGCCGUUGGCUCAUUGAGGGGAGUCCCUAUGUGAUCCUCUUCGAUAUUGGAGCGGCUGCGUGGAAUCUGGACCGCUGGAAGGGGGAUCUGUGGGCCGCGUGUUCCGUCGGGCUGCCCUACCACGACCGAGACGCCAACGACUCACUCAUUUUCGGAUCGCUCGUGACCUGGUUCUUCAAGGAGCUAACCGAGCAACUUCGUGACAAGCCCAACGUCAUCGCUCAUUUCCACGAGUGGCAGGCAGGGGCGGGGCUUGUGCUCAGCCGCGCCCGUAAGAUUCCCAUGGCAACCAUCUUCACGACGCAUGCUACUCUCCUAGGGCGGUACCUUUGUGCUGGAAACGCGGAUUUUUACAACAAUCUGGAUAAGUUCGAUAUCGACCGGGAAGCGGGAGAGAGGCAGAUUUACCACCGUUACUGCCUGGAGAGAGCAGCCGUGCACUGCUCGCACGUUUUCACCACCGUGUCCCAGAUCACGGCCGUGGAAGCCGACCACAUGCUUCACAGGAAACCAGAUGUGGUUACACCAAAUGGAUUGAAUGUGAAGAAGUUUUCAGCCAUGCACGAGUUCCAGAACCUGCAUUCUCUGAACAAAGUCAAGCUGCAGGAGUUCAUUAGGGGUCACUUUUACGGCCACCUGGACUUCAAUCUGGAGAAAAGCCUUUUUUUCUUCAUCGCAGGCCGGUACGAGUUCUCCAACAAGGGAGCUGAUGUCUUCCUGGAAUCUUUAGCCAGACUAAAUUACUUGCUUAGGGUGCGAAAGAGUGACACAACCAUAAUAGUUUUCUUCAUCAUGCCAGCGAAGACUAACAACUUUAAUGUGGAGAGUCUUAAAGGCCAGGCAGUACGCAAGCAGCUGUGGGACACCGUCCAAGCUGUGAAGGAGAAGUUUGGCAAACAUCUUUAUGAGGCCUUGCUAAGGGGCGAGAUCCCAGACAUGAACAAAAUCCUGGACAGGGAUGACUUCACCAUAAUGAAGAGGGCCAUAUAUGCAACACAGAGACAUUCCCUCCCUCCAGUGACUACUCACAACAUGCUGGACGACUCUUCUGACCCCAUCCUGAGCAACAUCCGCCGGAUUGGCCUCUUCAACAGCCGCAAUGACAGAGUCAAGAUUGUGUUCCAUCCAGAGUUUCUCUCCUCCACCAGUCCUCUGCUGCCCAUGGACUACGAGGAGUUUGUCCGUGGCUGUCACUUAGGAGUGUUUCCAUCCUACUAUGAGCCCUGGGGAUACACACCAGGGGAGUGUACGGUGAUGGGUAUUCCAAGUGUAACCACUAACCUCUCUGGGUUUGGCUGCUUUAUGGAGGAACAUGUGUCGGACCCCUCAGCCUAUGGAAUCUACAUCGUGGACCGGCGCUUCCGUUCAGCGGACGAGUCAUGCAACCAGCUGACCCAGUUCAUGUUCUCGUUCUGCCAGCAGUCCCGCCGGCAGCGUAUCAUCCAACGGAACCGCACCGAGCGGCUCUCAGACCUGCUGGACUGGCGCUACCUGGGCCGGUUCUACAUGCAUGCUCGGCACCUGGCCCUUAGCAGAGCGUUUCCUGAACAAUUCAAACUGAAUUCUCUGGCAGUUCCGCCGACCCAAGGAUUCCGCUACCCUCGCCCCUCCUCGGUGCCGCCCUCUCCGUCUGCCUCCCUCCACUCCACACCCCACCACAGUGACGCUGAGGAUGAGGAUGAUCAUGAACCCUAUGAUGAAGAGGAGGAGGCGGAGAAGGACAGACUGAACAUCAAGGCACCCUUCACGCUAGGGGCCGUACCGGAGGGGCGGAAGAAGCUCCCUUGACAGAACGUGAAUUAGAAUCCCUUCCCCGCCUCCUGCCGGUAACCCCG